UCCGAGCGACGAUGACAGAAGCGAAGCAGCUCUCCGAGGCGUCGCGAUGCCGCUGGAAGCCGGGCCGGCUCGCCUGGUCCGCUCGGCCCAGAAGGACGAGCUCUACCGGGGAGCGCUGAAAAGCAGGGCCGGCGCCGUCUUAUCCGGACUGGCGGGUGCUAAACUUUGGCUGGGAUGGCAGAAAGAGAUCGAGCUGCUUGCCGACGUUGCCUAUUUCACCCUUACUACCCUUUCAGGUUAUCAAACCCUUGGUGAAGAAUACGUCAACGUGAUCCAAGUAGACCCAUCAAAGAGGAAGGUCCCUUCAUUAAGACGCCGAGCCGUUUUGGUCGCUCUUCAAACCCUCUUGCCUUACCUGUUAGACAAGGGACUGACUACGCUGGAGCAGGAGCUGGAGGCAAUCUCCAGCGGGUUACAGGAUCUGCCCAGCCGAAAUUUAAGCGGGUUGCAACGCCGGGCGCUCCUACGAAGCUGGCUGCAGAAACGGGUCAGGCGACUCACCGAGCAGCAGAGAUCGUUUCUCGCUCAGGCUGUUCAUAUCGUCAAGCAAAGCAUCCCGUUUGUCCGGAGGCUGCAUUUAGCUGUCUUUUACAUGAAGGGCAUCUUCUACCAUUUCUCUAAACGGACAACAGGGAUCACCUACUUACGCUCGGCGGGUUUCACCGAAGACGACCGAAGCAUUCGGUCCAGUUACAAGCUUCUUGGCAUCGUGUCCUUCCUGCACCUGGGACUGACCCUUGGCAUCUACGCGUACAACCUCCGACAUCGGCAGAGGGCGGGAAAAGAAUGGAAGCUACACCGUAACCUCUCCCAUCAGAUAAGCCAAGCCGAAGAGAAGCCUCUUAGCCGCAACUCCCGUUGCUCGCUCUGCUUAGAGGAACGCCGACAUGCCACAGCCACACCCUGCGGGCACCUCUUCUGCUGGGAAUGCAUCACGGCGUGGUGCUACACCAAGACCGAAUGUCCUCUAUGUAGAGAGAAAUUUCAUCCCCAGAAACUGAUUUACCUCCGACACUUCCGGUAAAUGGAUGCCAGCUGGAUUGUGAACCGUGACGAGCCAAACGAAAAUGCAAGCUUUGAAUGAGUAUGAGAUUUUGUUUUGAUAAAUAAAUUGCUGCGAUCAAACGGAAGCCAAAACAUU